UCUGCAUUCUAAAUUUCAAUUGAACAUUUUUUAUCUUAUUUUACUCCCCAAACUAUUAUCAAGGGGGUAUUGUUUGAAGCUUUUAUAUUUUUCUAUAUUUUCUAUCUCUAUUUCCGCAGCGGACUCGCAGAAUUGUCAAGCCACUAUCGUUGACGACCAGUGAACAAGGCCCGCAGCAGUUAUUACUCGACAAGCGGAUAGGUGUUUUUCUUUUCUUUUCUUUCGAACCAAAAUUUAGAUCGCACGCCGUCGAAUUCCGCUCUUGAACCACUUUUCGUUACAGCGACACGGAGGAUAUAACGCGCCUUGACUCCAGGGGGGAACCAAGACAAAAGCACAGGCUAACGGAGGUGGAGAGGGCUGAUCGAUGCUCAAAUACUCUAGGACGGUGGUAUCGGCGCUCGAACGUCGAAGCGCUGGCUCCCGAUCUCAACGACACUACACUUGCCAGUACCAGAUCAGCAAUCAAAACGCUGGAUUGCAGGCCAGCAGCAGAAUUUUGGUUCUGCGACGACGGCUGCAGUUGGCGCGCUACUCAACAUCGGCGGGCAACGACAAUGGUGGUGGAGAUCAGCCACCGGUGAGGGCAAAGGCGGAUAAGCUGGAGAAGAUUUUGAUGCGCGGAUACAGUCCGUUUCUGACAAAGUUUUUCCAACUGCUGCCGACAGACGAGCAGAACACGCUGCGGGCGUUCAGCGACUCUCUGGUCGGUGGCAGCGGCAGCGGCAAGCACCUCUACCAGAUGUACCAAUCGCUGAAAAAACACAGGUUGCACCUGUACCUGACUAUCCACGCGCUGCAGCGACUGAUGGCGCGGAUAGCAGCAGAGAAUGGGAUACCAGGGGACAGCCCGGACGGGCAGGCGUCGAGCGCGAUACUGGGGCUGAUAGACGACUACGACACAAUCGGGUUCACACCGGGUACCAGUGAGUACACAAGCCUGAUCCGGGCGCUCGCACACGAGUCUGGGCGAGAGCAGGAGGCGCUGCAGCUUCUGGACGACAUUGUGGACCGCUCGGGGAUCGCGCCGUUCAUCCGGCUGUCGAAGAAAAGCGCCAACAAGGCGCGGCCGGCGCACGAGCGGAUCCCAUCGGACGAGGAGAUUGCGCGCAUGGAGCGGUCGCUAGCCGAGGCCGAGGAAAAGGAGCAAAUGCUGGACGCUGGAGACGCGAAAGAGCUGGCCACCCAGUACUGCGACAUAGACUCGGCCAGCGGCCUAGACCGCAUCCAGCAGCUGGUCGUCGAUCAGCGGCGGCAGCGGCAGCAGCAGAGCGCGCACGGUGGCGACAACGGCAGCUCGCUUCUGGUGUCGCGGCGGCUGUACCACGCAGCAAUGCGCGGGUUUGCGCAGCUGUUCCACGUGCGCGGCGUCAUGGCGGUGCUGGCACGGAUGCUCGAGGCGGCGACGCAUGUGCCGUUCAGCGUGGCCCAGCACCUGAUGCCGAACAAGGAGACGUGGGCCAUCGUCGGCGAAGUUCUUGUGCGGCAGCGCGACCGCCCGACAUUUGUGCGGCUGUGGAUCGACUUUAUGAGCCGGGGCGCGCGGCCGCCGCUGUCGCUGACGCGCAGUCUGGUACAGAUGCUAGCACGCCAGGCGUGCGUCGAGCAGGCUGUGUGGGUCAUGCGCAUCAGCCGCUGCCUACCCGACGCCGGCGACCAGCUGCCGAUGGCGCCGCAUGCACGUGACCACGUGCCGUGGGCCCUGAAGGUGCAGACCAUGCACGUGGCGUCGGCGCUGGACGCCGCCACGGCGCUGGACGCGACGCUGAUGACGCGCGACAAUGCGCUGCGCCAGGGCCGCUCCGCCGCGCAGCUGCCAUUGCUUGCGCCGCCCGACCCUGACAUGUACGCCCAGCUGAUUGGCGGCGCCGUGCGCGCUGGAAACGCCCGCCUUGCCGAGCACCUGUUUGCUGAGCUCGUCGCUGCCGGCGUAGCCCCUGACGGCGCAACGUACGGGCACUUGGCGCGGCUGUACGCGGACACGGGCCGCAUCGAGCGCGUCUUUGUUAUCGUGCGCGACUUCAUGGUGCGCCGCCACCAGCUUGCCGCGCGCGAGGCGCUGGCGCAGGGCCACGAGCUGACGCCACACGCGCAGAGCGAACUGAAGGCAAAGCUGCUUCGCCAGGGCGCGCGGCUGCAGAGCGACGUUGAGUGCAUUGCGCCGCUGUUGCAGCUGUACGUGCAGGCUGGCCGCGAGCAGGAGGCGCUUCUGCUGCUGCGCAGCUGGAACCGCAUCUACGGCCGCCACGUCCCGGCCGAGAAGCUGGCGCUGGCGCUGCUGCGUGUGUACACGCGCCCUGAGGACUCGCACGGCGCAGAGGGGCUUGUGCGGCGCGUGCUGGUGCGGCUGGACGAUGGCCAGACUGUGGGCCAGACUAUGGGCCAGACCACCAACCAACCCACAGACCAGCCCACAGACCAGCCAAAGCCGAUGCACAUGUACGCCGAGUUGGUCAAGGCGCAUUCGCGCGCUCGCAAUCUGCCGGGCAUCCUGGGCGUGCUGCGCGAGAUUUUGGCGCGCGGGAUGAAGCCGUCGCACGCCGUCUGGGAGCUUGUGAUGCGCAGCUUUCUGCGUGAGCAGGCGCUGGACCUGUUUGACACCACGCACGCAUACCUGCGCGACACGCUGAGCAUGCCGCUGUCGAUGCCGCUGUACGCCAUGUGGAUGCGCGCGCUGCGCAACCACGGCGAUGUUGCCGGCGUGCAGGCGGCUUUCGACGAGCUGUUGGCACUGGGGCAAAUUCCCACGCAGCAGCACUAUCUGUAUUUGGUGCAAACCUACGCCUACAACGGCUGGGUCGAGCGUGCCGUCGGCAUUGUCGACAGCUUGCGCAAGCCCUACAGCUUGCUACGCCCCGGGAUCAACCUCAACAUUGCUGUCAUUGAGGCCCAUGUGGCAUGCGGCAACAUGGAGCAGGCCGAGGCUGAGCUGCACUACUUGCUCAGCAACACGCCGCUUUCCAAGAGCAGCAUCCCGGCGCGCCCCUUCAACUACCUGAUCAUCGGCCACCUCUACGCCGGCAGCGGCCGCAAGGCUAUGCAUGUCUACGAGGACAUGAUCCGCUUGGGCAUCAAGCCCGACGCGUACACAUUCGCCGUGCUGAUGCACUCGUACGCGCUGGCCAAGGACCUUGAGAACUGCAUGCGCGUUUUCAACGAGAUGAUUCGCAUCGGCAUUGCCCCCGACUUGGCCAUCUACACCAUUCUCAUCUGCGCGUUCGGCGCCGCGCGGAAGGUCGGCAGCGCCGAGCUGGUGUUCAACCAGGUUGCACAGGAGCAGGACCUAUCGCGGUCGGUCAGCAGCCCCGCCGCACGCGCUGCAGCCGACGCGCUGGACAUCUACGCCGAGGACCCAGCGCGCGCCGACUGGCCCUCGCUGAUGGACACGCCCCUCAGUGCCGAAGACGAUCCUGCAUCCGAGCGCCUGCGCGCCCAGAGCUUUUUCAACCUCGACCCGAUUGUCUACAUCGCCAUGCUCAAGGUCUACAACAACGCCCACAAGCCCAUGCGCGCCCUGGCCACCUGGGACCGCUUCAUCAAGAACUUCCCCGUCGUGCAGUGGAACCCGCGCAAGGGCGGUGUACUGUCAAAGUCUCUGCACUACACUGCCCAGUUCCACCUGCCAGCCUGGACGCUGUUACUGCGCACCAUCAAGCUCUCGAUCGGUGUUCAGCGUGUUCUGAAGAGGCCGUCCACAAUGCCCAACUACUUUCACAUGCCGCUCUACCCUAGCAACAUUGCUCAGGUCAUGGCCAGGCGGCUCGACCACAAGAACCUCAUCAGCCGCAUGGCCGCCCUCAGGGCCGACUCCGGCGCCGGCGCCGUCGCCCCAAAUCCAGCUGCCCGCGCACCCCCCAGCAGGAUGGCUUACCGCACCGAUCUGGUCGGCGACCUGGAGGCUGAACUUGAUGAGCGCACCUUCCUGGACCACGAGUGGUGCGUCAGACAGAGAUACAUGCAGCCAAAGCCCGUCUUUGACGAAGACAACGCCUUUUCUGACUUUGUCUACUGGAUGCCCGACACGCCCCCACAACACAACCCCACGUACCCUGACUCAGCCGCAAGAUUCAACGACAGCGCCAGCGAUCUGGAGGCCUCGGAGCCCAACUCUGAGUCUGCCCUAGCGUCGCUUUUUGAUUCCGACGGAAACUUCACAACCAAAAACACCCGGGAAAUCGCUGCAAUUGUCGCUCGUCAGUGGCGGGACCUUGAGAGCGCGGGAUUCAAAUUCAACAACAUUCAUGUCUCUGUGUACGUCCCUUGCAUGCUCCUAGGCCGCCAGUACACAGACCUCGCACGCUUCUUGUCGCUAGUUGAACCAAAAUCUGAGACGAGUGCGACAGACUUUACCAACCGCAACGAUUCUACCACGGGAUACAGGUACCACAACAUUAACAUUGCCCCGUACCUGACCGCCAUGAUGAUUCGCCAGGUAAAGGUAAUCAGGAGGCUCCUCAUAACCACCCGUGACAGACGCAUCAUCCUCGAUGCCCUUUUGAACGAGGGGAGUCAGCUGCGCUUUGACUACUUGUCUACCACCAAGUUAGAUCCCGCAGAUGUUGAACGCUCAGCUGAUGUGCGUCAGGUUAUGCGCGAAAGACGAGCGAUUCAUGCCGAGCGCGAGAUCUCGUGGACAUUGGAACUUGCGAUGCUGAAGGAUGUAGCCAUGCAAUGGCGCAGACACACAGAUGAUGAGCCCCUGCAACUAGGCAUUGACCAAGCCAUAGAGUCUAUAACCCGGACAAUAUGAUGACAUCUGAGUUUUUUAAGUUUGCACCAAUAUUUUGUGUUUAAUAGAAAUGUAUCUUUAAUUUGAA